AUGUUCACAUCAAUUGAUGCUCUUCUGCACACCAAGACUGAAUCUAAUAAUAGUCGAUCGCCAGCGUGCUCGUCUGCACAGUCAGUAUCGGCAACAGCACGUUAUGUUGAUGCCAAUACAUCGAAUGCUAGCACAAAGUUUCCGAUCACGAUCACAAACGAUCAAAAGAGCCAUGACGGUGAUCGUACUUGCGCUGAUCGUAAUCCUCACGGUAACACGUCUCCGUCGAAUUCGAUGAGUCAACGACAGCUCUCGCCACUAUCUAUGAAUUUCUCGCAUCCCCAGAUAUCGUAUCCAAUCCUCAAUCCGUCCACUAUACCGUUCCUUUACGAUCACAUCGCUCUCACUUUGGGUGCGUGGCAAACGUUAGGAAAAAUGCGACGUCCACGAACCGCGUUCACCAGCGAACAACUGAUGGAACUGGAGAAACAUUUCGCCGAAAAUCGAUAUCUGUCCAGACCUCGAAGAUAUCAACUGGCACAAGAGCUGAACUUAACCGAAACGCAAGUGAAAAUUUGGUUCCAAAAUAGAAGAAUGAAAAAUAAGCGAUCACUGAUAGGUAAUUGA